AUGCCGUUCCAGGUGAUUGAAGAGGAGAAGCAGCGCCGUAAAGAGAAAUCCAUUCGCAACGUCUUGUGUUGCUUCCGCCAGUCACAUUUAGAGACUGUGUCUGAGGAGGAGGUGAGUGCACAGAACCUGCGUAAGAAGAAGGGGCAGCUCAUAAGGACAGGCGCUUUUAAACAGGCGAAGACUGCAGACUCCUCACAAGCGACGACAGACGUGAGGAUGCCGUUCCAGGUGACUGAAGAGAAGAAGCAACGCAAAGGCUUGGGUUGCUUCAGUUGGAUAUGGAGAAGGAAGUAA